AGACAAUAAGCCUCCAGCAGGACUUUUAUUCUUCUUCGUAUCCUCUCGCUCUUUUUCCUUGACACACUCUUUCCUCUCGGUCGAGCGCUUUGGUUACUUUUCUAUCAGCGAUCCUCUUUUCCGACCUCCAUCAUGGCCACCACCAACAAUCUUCCCGCGAGCGACAUCAACAGCUACGACUAUGUGAUCGUCGGAGGUGGUACGGCAGGCUGUGUGAUCGCCAGCCGCCUGGCCCAGUACUUGCCCAACAAGCGCAUCCUGCUGAUUGAGGCUGGCCCUAGCGAUUACAUGGAUGACCGAGUCCUCAAUCUUCGGGAGUGGCUCAACCUUUUGGGAGGCGAGCUGGACUACGACUACCCCACCGUUGAGCAACCCAUGGGUAACAGCCAUAUCCGCCAUUCCCGUGCGAAGGUCCUGGGAGGAUGUUCCAGCCACAACACCUUGAUCUCGUUUCGCCCCUUCGAGUAUGAUUGCAAGCGGUGGGAGCAGCAAGGAUGCACAGGAUGGUCCUUUGAGACCUUCACCCGCGUUCUUGAUGGCCUGCGCAACACCGUUCAGCCCGUUCACGAUCGUCACCGCAACCAGCUGUGCAAGGACUGGAUCCAGGCUUGCUCCUCCACGAUGAACAUCCCCAUCAUCCACGACUUCAACAAGGAGAUCCGUUCCAAGGGUCAGCUUACCGAAGGCGUGGGAUUCUUCUCCGUUGCGUACAACCCCGAUGAUGGCCGCCGUAGCAGCGCCAGUGUCGCCUAUAUCCAUCCCAUCCUCCGCGGUGAGGAGAAGCGCCCCAACUUGACCAUCCUCACCAACGCUUGGGUAUCUCGUGUCAAUGUUAACGGCGAUACCGUCACUGGCGUCGACAUCACCCUGCAGUCUGGUGAGAAGCACACCCUUACUCCUAAAAAGGAGACCAUCCUCUGCGCUGGUGCCGUGGAUACUCCUAGACUCAUGCUCCUCUCUGGUCUGGGUCCCAAGCAGCAGCUGGCCUCUCUGGGAAUCCCCGUCGUGAAGGACAUCCCUGGUGUUGGUGAGAACCUGCUUGACCAUCCAGAGAGUAUCAUCAUCUGGGAACUCAACCAGCCUGUGCCUCCCAACCAGACGACCAUGGACUCCGACGCUGGUAUCUUCCUGCGCCGCGAAGCUCCCAACGCCGCUGGUUCGGAUGGCCGCGCCGCCGAUGUCAUGAUGCACUGCUACCAGAUCCCCUUCUGCCUGAACACCACUCGUCUUGGUUACGACACCCCCGUCGACGCCUUCUGCAUGACUCCCAACAUCCCCCGCCCCCGGUCCCGCGGCCGUCUCUACCUCACUUCCUCAGACCCCACCGUCAAGCCCGCCCUUGACUUCCGCUACUUCACCGACCCCGAAGGCUACGAUGCCGCCACCAUCGUCGCCGGUCUCAAGGCCGCCCGUGACAUUGCCAAGCAGUCCCCCUUCAAGGACUGGAUCAAGCGCGAGGUCGCCCCGGGACCCAAGGUUCAGACCGACGAGGAACUCUCCGAGUACGGCCGUCGCGUCGCUCACACGGUCUACCACCCUGCCGGAACAACCAAGAUGGGAGAUGUUACCCGUGACCCCAUGGCCGUCGUCGACCCGAAGCUGAAGAUCCGCGGCCUCAAGAACGUCCGUAUCGCCGACGCUGGUGUCUUCCCCGAGAUGCCCACCAUCAACCCUAUGUUGACUGUUCUGGCUAUUGGCGAACGCGCCGCCGAGCUCAUCGCCGAGGAGGCUGGCUGGAAGCGUGAGCAGCCCAGGCUGUAAAUGCGCCAUCUCCUUUGAUCUGCCAAUCUGGAUUGAACAUAAAAGCGUCUAGGAGUUUGUGUAUAUACAAGGCGGUAAAUCUUGCAGUAUAUCCAUUCUGUUCCUUUCUUUUGGAUUUAGAAGGAUGCGGCGGUACUAUCUGCUUUUCAAUUUUUACGAAUGAUGAGUUUUGCUUCUUGGAUACCAGCCUUUGACCCUCUGGACGGGUUAGGGAUCGUUCGUGAUAUUAGAGAUCAAUUGGUGUAUAUAAAUAUAUGAAAUGAGGAAAAGAAACGAUAAUACACCAAAAAUAAUGUAAUAAGAAUUUUCAUCAUUCAUAAUAUUUCAUUCUAUAUCCAGGGACCAACCCAUACUCUAUAAAUUCUUUGCAGUACUUGUAAUACAUUCUAGUCUUAUGAGAACCAACGCUGCGAGACUCAAUUUAGUAACGAUACCAAAAUCCAGUACCAAUGCCAGGAAGUAGCAUCCUGAGAAUGUUGUUUUUCAGCGCAUGAAAAAGGACGCAUCACUACAAAUCAGCAUCUUUACCCAUAUCGUAAAUCUUCGAUCCUCUCUUCCAGACUUGGUUCACAGUCAACGUCCGCCCGGAGUAUGGGUCAUCCUCAUCGCUCAGAACAAGAAGGUCCGCGUCUGCGCCGCUGUCCAAGCACCCCUUGACGCCCUGCAAGCCAAGGAGACGAGCAGGCACAGCCGUCGCAGCAUUCAACGCCUGCGCCGUCGAUGCCCCGGACCAGCGACGGAAGUUAUUCACGCACUCAAUAAGCGUCGCGGAGCUACCGGCGAUCUUGUCCGAUCCCUCGAGGGUGAGUCGAGCGCCGGUCUUGAUGAUGCGCUCACCGUUUGUCCAAUCGUAGACUCCGUCGGGGAGACCGCAGAGCUUCAUGGCGUCCGUGACGAGUACGAGACCCUCUGGGUGGGCGUUGUAUGCGAUACGGAUGGAUGUCGGGUGCAGGUGGAUGCCGUCAGCGAUGAUUCCGUAGUAAGGACGGAUUGGAUGGUUGCUCUGAUGUCCGAGGAGGCCAAAGAUGCCUGGGUUGCGGUGGUAAAAGGGGCGCAUUGCGUUGAAGAGGUGGGUGAUCAUUGUCGCGCCCUGGUGAGUGGCUUCGAGGGCCUGCUCGUACGUUGCGUCGGAGUGGCCGACUGAGUAAAUGAUUCCCUGGGAGACGAUGUGGGGGAUUGUCUGGAGCAUGUUGCCGACUUCCGGAGCGGCAGUGAUGAGUCUGAUGGUCUUGGUGUCGCCGUAGAAGUUCUCGCGGCCGUAGCAGGCGGCUAGGUCAUCUGGGGUUGUUGCGUAUCGGAGAACUUCCUUCUUGUGGACUCCAUUUCGCGCUGGGCAGAGGAAGGGUCCCUCGACGUGGGCGCCGAGCGAUUCGGCGCCGUCCUCUGGUGUGUGUUUGCUUCCUGAGGGGCCGAGAGAAGGGAGGACUUUUUGGUAAACUUCUGCGGUUGAGCUGACGAGUGUCGGAAGGUAAGAGGUGACUCCUGUCCUGGCGAGGCCCUUGUUGACUAAACGGAGGCCUUCAUCGUAUUCCUCCUUUGAAGCUUGGGGGACUGAAAAGUCGAAGCCUUGAGCGCCGUUCAACUGGCAAUCGAUAAGCCCUGGCGCGAGGAUACGGCCACCCAAAUCAAUGACUUCAUCUGGGGACAGAUGUAGUCCGUAAAAGGCUUCUUGAUCGCGGAGGAUCUUUCCAGAAGUUGAGUCUAUCCACACAUCUUGUUCGAUAAGCUUGUCCCCCUUUACGAUGCGGCAGUUGGUGAACUUGAUGACGUGGGACUCGGGCUCGGUUUUGCCAGGCAUGGUGGCGGGCGCUGGGAGUAGUGGUUGCUUAGGUGCGAGGGAACGGGAUGCCGAGAAGCAGCAUGUAUAUACUCAUGGCAAGCAGUGACCCAUGGUGACACAGGGAGGGACAGACCUAUGAUGGAGUACCGUCACUCCAUGUGCACCUAGGUUCCUGAUUUGACGGCACUGGCUUUGGUCUGACGUUGCUUCAUUCCGGUGGCCGAUGGAGAGAAAGGAGGUUGGAUGUGACGUCGACUGGCGGAGGUAGGUGAACGUGACAUACUUUGUAGUCUGCCAUACGGGGUACCAGCACUUAUCAAUCCUUUAUCUAAUGGGUGCCUCCGUUGCAUAUACAUUGGAAUUAUCUACUACUAGCAGCUGACUAGCACUAGCAGGCUAGCACUAGCCGGUAGAUACCAGGGUCUCAGACAAGUCAAGUCAGUGCUCAAAGGGCGUUGAGUCGACAAGGUGAGGUUCGAGAUAAAGCGCGCCAGAUAAGCCUGCGCUACUGAGGACUGGCAC